UCAGUUCUCAACUGGUACCCAGCAGCUACGCAACUGGUACACAAAAGACAAAAUAUUAAUUUUAGAGUCAAUCCCGGAAAUUUCACAACAGAGUAGGCAUGACAUCUUCACUGUCUAAUACUGAGCUCAGCACCAAAGUAGAUCAAGCAGCAGAAGCAGGGGAGCAGUUCUCCAAACUGUAUUAUGAAACCACAGACAAGAAAAGACAUUUAUUACAGAAAUUAUAUCUAGACUCAGCUACUGUUGUAUGGAACGGCAAUGCUGUAAAGGGUUUAGAAGAGAUCAUUAAAUUCUAUGAUACAAUACCUACGUCAGAACAUAAUCUUGAUUCUCUUGAUUGUCAGCCUUUAACAGAUCAAAUAUCAGGAGGACAGAUGACUAUUUGUGUUAAAACCUUAGGCACAGUGAAAUAUGACAAGGCAAAACCUAAAAUCUUCCAUCAAAACUUUAUCUUGACUUCAGUAAAUAAUGUAUGGAAGAUUGUCAGUGACAGCUUUAGAUUUCAGGAAUGAAAAUUAUAGUUAAUAAUUAUGGAAGCUCAUCAGUGACAACUAACAUUUCUGGAAGAUUAUGACAAUUUGAAAUUUCAAGAGACUGAUAAUUGCAGCUGACAUUAUGAGAAGAUUAAUGAAUAUUGGUUGCUAAUGCUUGUAUGUCUAAAACAGGGUCAGCAUUCAAUGAGUUUAUAUAUGAAUGCUUCUAGGGACCAAAAAUAUGAAGCCUUUAAAAGGUCGUUGGUGAAAGUAAUUUGACAGAUAGUGAAGACUAAACAAUGAAUAUUCUUAUCUGUUACAU